GGCAAGAGCUGGUUGGGUUGCCGAAUUCUUACACACAUAAAUUAAUAUGGCUUCCUUAUAGUAAGUGAAAGCGCUAGUUACGUUAAUAAGAUCGACCAAUUAUUAUGAAAUGUAAAUGUAAAGUGUGCUUUUAAUUAAUCUAACCUAUAGACAAUUUGCUCAACCUAAACGUGAAAUGAGAUACAAGUGUUGAAAAUGUUUAGAUUUUUAAGUGGAAGAAAACCUAGAAAUGCAUCAAAUAGUACAAAUGCAAAAUCGAAUAAAAGUGUGAUAAACAAAAAUUUGUUGCAAUGUAAAGUUAUUUUAUUAGAUGGUACCGACUUGUCAGUCGAAUUAACGAAAAAAGCAAAGGCCAGAGAUCUGUAUGAACAAGUUUUCUAUUCCUUGGAUCUGAUAGAAAAAGACUACUUUGGGCUACAAUUUACGGAUGCUAACCACGUUAAACAUUGGCUGGAUCCAACGAAAAGUAUUAAAAAACAAAUUAAAAUUGGUCCCCCAUAUACUUUAAGACUCAAAGUUAAAUUUUACUCAUCCGAACCUAACAAUCUCCGUGAGGAAUUGACAAGAUACCAGUUUUUCCUGCAACUGAAGCAAGAUCUUUUAGAAGGAAAAUUGGAAUGUCCCGAUAAGACUGCUGUUAAAUUAGCUGCUCUAUCUUUACAGUCUGAACUUGGUGAUUAUGAUGAAACACAACAUACACCUGCAACUGUUUCGGAGUUCAGGUUUGUUCCGAACCAAACGGAAGAGAUGGAAAUAGAAAUUCUGGAAGAAUUUAAAAAGUGUAAGGGCCUGACACCCGCUAAUGCCGAGCAAAGCUAUUUAAACGAAGUAAAAUGGUUAGAAAUGUAUGGUGUAGAUAUGCAUACAGUUUUGGGUAAGGACAGUAUGGAAUACAGGUUAGGAUUGACACCAACGGGAAUACUUGUAUUUGAAGAGCCAAAUCAAAAGAUAGGUCUAUUCUUCUGGCCUAAAAUUGGAAAACUAAAUUUUAAGAAGAAAAAGUUAACAUUGGUGGUAGUGGAAGACGAUGAUCAAGGCAGAGAACAAGAACACACGUUUGUAUUCAGGUUACAUAACGAAAAAGCUUGUAAACACUUGUGGAAAUGCGCCGUAGAACAUCACGGUUUCUUCCGUUUACGAGCACCCGUAAAAGGACCUUCUGCAAGACAGAAUUUUUUCAGGAUGGGCUCCAGAUUCCGCUACUCGGGUCGAACGGAAUAUCAAAGUACUUUCCAAAAUAAAGCUAGACGAACUGUUCAACUAGAAAGAAAGCCUAGCCAGAGGUAUGGAAGAAGACAGAGUCAUGUGUUAAGAGAAAGGGAGAGGGAAAGGGAACACAUAUCUUCCAAUAGUAGCGAGAAAUCUGCAUGCGAGCCUAUUUAUUGUACUGUUAAGGAUGAUAUAACCAAGAGUCUCACCCCUACUCCAUCAACUCCAACAGGGCCCGAUUCAAUAGGUCUCAUAAGUCAAAGCAGCUUUGGCCGAACCUCGGCUGGACAGAACAGUUUCGGUAAAGCAUCUGUAAGUUCUGUAGGAAAAACUUCCAUUGGAGGUGGUUCAUCAAAUAGCCCCGUUUUGUCCGUAAGCAGCAAAACUGGUACCCUUCCAAGAAAUAAACCUACUACUCCAACAAGUCCUCUGCCGCCAAUUAGCCCUACUCCGUCUAAUACAGACAGUCAACUGGAUUUCUUAUUCAAGAGCUUAGCAAAGGAAUCUCUUUCGGGAAUCGCCAGAGAUGACAAGAGGAAUGAGAACACAGAAUCUGAAACAGAAAAUGAUGGUGCUUCAAAAUCACUUCCGAAUGAGAUUCCCAACAAUAUUACUAAAAUUGUUGGUAUCGCAAAACCUCUACCUCCAGGACAAAUCAAAUGCAACAUCUUGAAGGCUAAAGUCGAAGAGGAGCUUCAACAUCAAAAACUGACGAAUCAGAUGUUCGUUCAAGCAAAAGAAGAAGAAACUUCUUUAAACGCUGCAACAUUUAUCUCGGUGGGCGGAGAUAAAUUAACUUUAUCCGUCAGUGGUCCACCGAGCUUACCACCAAUAAUAACUAAUUCGAUCCUCAAACCUACAAAGAUCCUGGAAAAAGAAUCAGUCGACGAAAACAGAAAUAAAAACGAAGAUAAAGAUCAUAAACGAUGUCCGACACCGGUGACAGUAACUUUCUUCGGGCAGAACGACGGAAAGUUGGAGAUUUGCAAAGUCGAGGACGAAAAAAUAAAUCUUAAUCCGUUUGCUGAUUACUUGAACGACAAUAAUGCUAACCCCUUCAGCUCUAUCAGCGUUUUCCACCCUAAUAAUCCAUUUUGCAAUUCUGAAAUGGAUCAUAAAGAGGAAAUUACGGAAAGUGAUUCUAAAGACUCGGAUGAAGAGAACAAAACUAGCCUAGAGGACGGGUCCGAUUCGAAGCCCACCACCCCUUUAAGCCCCACACUGAGCAAGGUAUCUCCCUGGCUUGUCUCAUCAGAUGUGGUGUCAGCCCCAGUCUCGAAAGUCGAUACCACCGAAACGACAAUAAUACGAAAAUCUGUGAUUACAACGCAGCUAUGAGAAGACGAGUACACUAUCUUUGUUGUUUUUUUAAUGAGAAGAGCCUUGUGCGUUUGUCUAUUUUUAAAGUUAUUUUCUUAAAGCAAAUAGUUAUUUAUACACUUGAGCCGCUUAAAAGAUGGAAUCCAAGGUCGCGUGAUCACUUAAUGCAUGCAUCGACCGGUCGUUCGAAGCCAGGCCUUCUAAGAACUAUUUACACGGUCAUUAUUUAUGUUCCGCUAGUGAAUUUCGUUAGGCAGUGCUUAAAAUUUGGUUUUCUGGAGCGGUGUAAAUGUGGGAAAAGUGGUGACAUCGGGAGAGUAACGUUUAAGAGGGCGUGCCGUUCACGUGAUCAGUCCAUCUUUUUAGCGGCUAGACUAUAGUUUUGGUAUAUCACUAUGUGAUAUGCGACAAUAAAUUAAAACACUCUUGAUAAGAAAAAUAUUUUUUUUAAAUCCACGAGGAAAAUAAAUUCCUGCAGCUGGUUGUAUACCAUAAAUCACAAAAAAUAAUAAAUUUCUUUGUAAAAGGUAUAUUUAAAAAUCCCUAAAAGGGGUUGCAUCGCGGAACAGAACGUUUUCGGAUUACUAAUUCCAUCAUCAGUGUUAAUUCCAGUAAUGUACAUAUCUGAGACACCAAAAUGUUUGGGUAAAAAAUCUUCAAAUGUAAAGAUUUAAAAAAAUUUGCAUAUUAUUAUUUAAAAGAUGUGAUGUAUAAAAUAUUCCUGGAUUUAACACAGGACUCUUCCCACAUGGGUUGCAAUAUCCAGAGGUCAGAACCUCAAUCAAAUAUUUACAAUAUUUAAAGGGUUUUUACCCAAACAUUUUGGCGGCUCAGACAUGUACAUUACUGGAAUUAACACCGAUGAUGGAAUUAGUAUUUCGAAAACGUUUUGUUGUGUGAUGUAACUCCUUUUAGGGAUUUACGAAAUAUACCUUUUACAAAGGAAUUUACUUCUUUUUUAAAUAUUUUUGAUGUACAAAAGUUGGAAAAACAUUCAAGGUUCUUUAGAGUUCAAUUCAAACUAAAACUCUUGAACUACGCUAUCAUAUAAGUAUUGCAAUUGGUAUUGGUAGCUCCUAAUUUAGUUUAUGAUGCUUAGUUCAUGAGUUUUACCUAAUUAAGUACUUAAGUUGCUUAAGACGGCCAUGUACUUAUGGUUUUAAGAUUGUUUCCUAUAAUAUUAGUAACUACACACAACUGAAAAAUGUUUCAUGUUCUGGCUGCAGAGAUUUUAAACCUUUUAAUAUCCAUCACUUAUGUUAUAUGGUGCAUCCAUGAAAUUCUGAACAGCCUUUAUAUUUCGAGAGAUUUCACACGAUUCAGAGGCCCACUUCAAGUGACCAGGCCUCAUUUGUGUACAUCAGGAUGAAUGAUCUUUUCUACUAAGUAAUGCCGUUCCUUACUCAAGAAACAGAAAAUGACUGGGCAGCCCCCAUUAAGAUGUUAAAUGGUUUCUUGGGCUUCAUAUCCAUAUCAGCAUUUAUCGUUUUGGACAUGAGAGACUUUGACUAUAUAUUUCAGGUAAUUUUUGGUUGGUAUAACCUGAUCCUGAAUGGUGAGUAAUUAACCUUCCGUUUCGGGGAACAUCUUUCCUGAUAUUAACCAAUAGUUCGACGCUGUAUUGUCGUUAUAGUCUUGACUGACCUCAUUGGGAUGUCGCCCGUGCAGAUGUUAACCCGUCCAUGUGCGCAUUUUUUUCGUCCUUUGUAAGCUGGUUUUUGCGCAUUUCUGGUUCCCUGAGUUUGAUCAGCGUUGUGUCAUAUACUGCGCAAAUAGCGCUAUGUAGAGUAGAUGUAUCAGCUUGAAUCUGAAAAUAAUUUCUUAGAUAAGCAAUCUAUUAAUCUACUUGCUCACCUAUAUCCAUAAGUCCUCUUCCUCCUAAAUUUCGCGGUAAUGUCGUUCUUUCUACUGCACUUCGAGGAUGGUGUUUUUGUGCCUUUGUGAGAUGUGUUCUUAUUUUUCGCUGAAGAUUUUCUAUACCCGUUUUUGUUCACUUAAUAUUACCAAAUUGUUUAUUGCCUUUAAGAAAUUUCUACUGUUAAGGUGUGAGCGACGCAGCAUUCUACAGUUUUUAGCUCCGAUCUAGUUGGUUUCGAGUGGAAGCCAUUAAUUUUAAGUCAUCAACAUUAAUUUCAAUCAUCAACAGAUGAUUAAGCUUCGCCACCACAUUGGUGGUAUUUUUGAUGCUAAAACCUGAGUCAGUGGAGUUAAUUAAAUAUCUGAGAUAGUGGGUUCAUAGCUAGACAGAAACACAGUGGACUCAACGAAUCUCCUUAGAACAGGCCCCGGCUGAUUGCUAUAUUUUCCCUUUCGAUGUUAUUUUCACCAGCUUUUUGAAGGUUAUUAUCAUUAUGUUUAAAAUGUCUAUUACUAGCCAUAACUUGGAACGUAAUAUGAUAAUUGCAGUGAGAUAUGUUAGGUUUUGUAGUUUCGCUUUGUCAUUUGAUUAAAAUUUAUAUUUUAUUAUUCUUUAAAUCCUUUUUAUUUAUUGAGAAUUACUCUAUUUUCAUUUCAUUUCUUUUAAUUCGUAUUAGUGCCUUUAUACGACAAUAGUAUUAGUAAAUCCGCCAUUAAAUCUAUAUCGCGAAGUAUUUUAUUACCUUUAUUGUCGGAUACAAAGAAAUAUACGUAAUAAUACAUAUAUUUACUUUAUGUAGCUACGUCAUACUGGAACUCGAAAGUGAAUAAAAUAAGCAGUUUUUUAGGUAUAAAAACUGGUAUACUAAAUUCGCUAAUCUGAGACACAACUGUCUAGUGAUUUUAGUAAUUUUUUUGGGAAGUUAGUUUGCUAGACGUGACUGGAAAUUACUACAUAAUCAAACAUACGUGCUCAUAGCCAAUAUUAUUAAUAGUAAACAGACAUAAAUCUUACGCCAAUCAAUAAUUAUUUAUUUACACCAUAAUACUUAUACUGUAUUUAUAAUAAAUGAGAAAAUUAUUUAUUGUACAAAAUAAAAAUAUUUUAAGGAAAUAAAUUCCGCAGAACUGUAUGAGUUUAGUGUACACUCCCACUAUUUCCAAUAAUUCUUCUUUUUUUAAUGAAAGAGUAAGUUUAUUUUAGCAGUUAAUAGUGUGAGGUAGGAAUUUUUGUGUUGUAUGUUUCCUACUCUGAAUGUGUCAAAAUGAAUCUCGGCUAAGCGAAUUUAGUUUAGUCAAUAGUUAUUGUGCAUAUAACUUAAAAUUUUUAAGAGCAUAUCUGUGUCAUACUUUCGUUAGAUUCAAUAAAUAGUCAUUUAAGUCAUUUAGUCGCAUUUUUGUUAACUUAAGACCAUCUCUACAUAGCACGCACGACAUCACCAAAGUAAGCGGUAAUUUUUGUCAAGCACUAACCUAGUACAGUAGACUCCCUUUAUAACGAGAACUGAAAUGGCGGACUAAUUCCCUCGUUAUAAGUGGAUCUCGUUAUAUCAGACAACAAUAAUAUUGUGCAUACCACCACCACUAAAAUGUUUUGAUGCAUCUUACGUAGUUUAUUAGGUGUCGGUGGUCGACCUCAACAAUGAAAUUUGCCCGUCUUAAAUUGUAAAUUUCCAACAAUAUUCAAUAUCGGUUGAUAGAUAAAUAAGAAGGAUGAAGUUUAUUACCGGCGGUGGAAUUUAUUACAGCACUGGUCUCAAUAAGCACACAGAUGUUGGGUAUUCUUGUAUACAGGCAGUUAUGGUAUUUAUUUAUGACCAUCUCCACACCAAAAACAGGUAAAGAAACAUAUUUUUUCAUUUUUCCUCGUUAAAACCAAAUAUACCUCGUUAUAGAGGUGUUAUAGUUCAAUAGGAAUUUCAUGGGACAUCUAGUGUACCUCGCUAUAAGCGAAACCUCGUAAUACCCGUGUUCGUUAUAGAGAGAGUUUACUGUACUAAAAAACUGAUUUCACAUAAAUAUUUCGGUGACUGAAAAUUAAAUAGGUUAACACAGCACUCAACCGGCCUGAAUAAAGCUAAUUCAUUUUUGUUGUUAACCAGUAUGUAGCAAAAUAAUAAAUAUAAUGUUGACAAAAUAUAAAAAAGAUUACAGUAGUGUGAAUAUUUUUUAAUAUGUAAUAAAAUAGCUUAACAGCUAGUUAUGAACAACCUAAUAAUUGAAAAGUUUUGUUUAAUAAGUAGUAAUAAGUUAAAACAAGAAUUACAUUAUACAGUAUUUGUGCACUACAUUACCUUUUGAUCAAACUUUUUAUGCGUGAAAUUGUAUAGUUGGUUCGCUAAUCUCGAGAAACAACUUUCUAUUAAUUUUAGCAAUUAUUUUUUGCGAAAUUAGUUACAUUUUGACAGACUAAAAGUAGCUGGAAAUUACUAUAUAAACAGCACGAAUAAUACAAUUAUUUAUUAUAAUAUCACACCUCCGCUCAAAGAGUGGCAUAAGUCAAAAAGGCAAAGUUUCGAGAAAACGACGUUUAAAGUUUGUCCCACGGUACACGUACAGACGGUAUGCAGAGGCGCAUCUCUCUCGCUGUUGUGACGUCAAGCGCGAGGAGCAUGAUUUGUAAAUGCAUAUCAUUUUCAGGAGCUACGUUCCAGUACGGUACACGUACAGACGGUAUGCCGAUUUUGGCGCCUAAUUCUGUCCGUUUCGCGCACGACGUCAGCUUCGAGGAACCCACACACUUGCCACUUGACUUGCAGAUACAUUUUUACAUGCAUUUGUGAAAUCCUUUACACCUGAUAGUUUUACGGAGCGGAGGAUAUAUUUUGUUACUUCUAAUUAUUAGACAUUAUUGAACGUAUUAAUAUUUAAUUUAUUAUUUGUAUUGUUUUUGGUAUCGUGUGGGUCUAGCAUAAAUUUACAAUGCCGAAUUGUGCCGUAUAUAAUUGCAAAAACUGUAAUCAAAGUACAAAAGGUACGAAAAUAAAAUACUUCAGCUUUCCAAAGACAGAUAAUUUGUCGAAUCAAUGGAUAAUCGCUUGUCGCAGAGAAGAUAAAAUUAAUUUAACAAAUGUUAAGUUUGGAAUUAAUUCUAAAAUGCAUAUCACAUAUACUGUCUUAACUCGACAAACGACGCUUUAUACACAUCUUAGAUGGACAAAUGCUUUGCACAAGUCGAUAUGUGACACUGUUUGUGUUCGAUGCGUCGUUGAUUUUGGAUAAUCGUAUAAUGACACUAAUGUCAUCUAACGAACGAUAAAUACUUGACCCAUAGACGUGACACUUUGUGAGAUAGCAGUUUAUAGUUUUGCAAUAAAUCCGAUUUUAAAAUUUUUCCAGUUAUUCUAAAAUUGUAUGAGUUUAGUAUACACUCCCACUAUUUCUAAUAAUUCUUCUUUUUUCAAUAAAAAUUUAUGCAAUGGCAAGUUUAUUUGAGCUGUUAAUAGCGUGAAGUAGGAAUUUUUGCGUUGUAUGUUUCCUACUUUGAAUCUGUCAAAAUGUGUCAUGAGUUGAGCGAACAGAGUUUGCUUAUCCUUUUAUUAAUUUUUGAAACCGGCUCGAAAUAAAAUAUUCAAAUAAUUUAUCCAUUUAAGUUCCCUAUUUCCUAAAAUUGUUAAAAUAUUUUUCAUAAUUGGACAGAUAUACAACUUGAAUAAACCCAUAUACAGGGUGGCCGGAUAUAACGAAACAGAAGCAUUAUCAGAAACUGAGAAAAUAUGUUUGAAAAACCUAGCGAGACGAAAGAGGGACACAUUUUUGCAGUAUUUUCUAUUAUUUUACUUUUACCCCUAAUCCAGGGUCAAACUCUUUCAUCCUUGGGUUUCAAAUCGCUCUUGCAAUUCUUAUUACAUUAGUUUUUAAAUUCUGUCCAAUACUUUAUUUGAUUUAUUAAAAAAAAAUAAACUUUAAAAUUAACAUUUUUACCUGUUAACUGAUGACCUCCGGUGUUCAAAACGUUCUCAGAUUCCGAAGCAUUUGCAGAGUGAUUCUUCGGCAUUCGUUGACGUAAAUCUUAUAAAGAUGCGAAUGAUCUAUAGAUUUCACUUUUUAGAUGUCCCCACAAAAAGAAAUCCAGAGGAGACAAAUCUGGUGAACAAGAAGGCCAAUCCAAUGACGUGGAAAAUUUUGGUCUAAAUAAUGACGAACAAGUAAAACAAAAUGCGGAAGAGCACGUUCCUGUUGAAAUUUCAAAUUAUCUUCAUCAUAUUCUUCAUUAUUUUCAAUAAUUUCAGUAAACGCAGCAUUUAUCACGUCUUUCAGUAAUUGUAUAUACAUUUUGUCAGUCAAAUUGUGAGGUAAAAAGAUGGUCCCACCAGUCGAUCACCGAAAAUAAUAGCCCAUACAUUUUAUUUUUGCGAUUGUUAUCUAUGCACCUCUGGAAAAUCGUGGGAUUUGAAUUAGACCAAUAAAGACGAUUGUGACGAUUUACAGUUCCGUUUAUGAAAAAAAUGCAUUCAUCUUAGAAACAGAUAUUAAAGAGAAACGGUAGAUCGGCUUGCUUACUCAAUAUUUCCCAAAACUGUAAACGGCAGUCAUAAUCAUCCUCAUUAGAUUCUUUCACUACACUUCCUACAUUCAUCAUAAUCAUACAUAUCCAAGUGGAGCAAAGAGCACCUUGCGGUGUUUCAAGUAGCAUGAGACAGUCCCGGCGCUAGGGUAUGAGACGCCCGCCUGCAAAACUAGUUUAGGCGCCCUUAGGUUUUUUUAAUUUAGUAUUUUGUAUAACACCAGCAGAAACAAAGCUCAUUUUGGCGCCCGCCUGCAGUGCAUCCCUUACAGGCCCAUUAUCGCCGGCCCUGGCAUGAGGUAUGAUGGUGAGGUUUUCUCCAUUCUCUUCUGUUUUUUGCUUUUUUGCAUCGUUUCAUGUUAAAUUAUUUUCUUUUGAGUUCUUUCUCUAUUGUUCUUUUCCACGUAUAAUAUGGUCUACCCUUUCUUCUUUUGCCUUGAGCAUUGUAAUGUAGAGCUUGUCUAGCAAUAUUUGUUGCUGGUUUUCGUAAGGUGUGUCCUAUCCAAUUCCAUUUCCGAUUAUUUAUUAUAUGUUCUAUCCUUUCUUCAUUUUGUUAUUCUCACACUUCCUACUUUAAGUAUAUUUUAUAGGGAUGGAAUUUGUUGUUAAAAAUGGUGUAAACGCUAGUUCGGUUGAUUCCAGAUACAGCUGCUAUAUAGUUGCCUCGUCCUAUGUCCUAACACUUUAACUGCUUGAUUAACUAUAAGCUCUUCAGUUUCUCAUUUUUUGUUACCUACAUUCCCAGUUUCCUAUUUUUUUUUGCUGGCUCCAGAACAUACUGCCUACUGACAUGUUUAUUUUAAAGUCACUCAUUAAAUUGCCGAGCUGUCAUAUUGUCACAUUUAGGGCCGGUACUUUAUGUCCCGGUUAAACCUCGGUUAGCUAACCGGGGUUUAAUCGGGACAGAAAAGUACCUCAUAGGGCCUCUUGCGUUGUAAUAAAAGCAAUUAUAAUUAUUAUUAUAAUUAUUUAUGAAUAUAAUAAUAAGUAUAAUUGCGUUUAUGUCUAUGUUAUACAUAUAUUUCUGUCCCGAUUAAACCCCGGUUAACUAACCGGCUGUUAACGGAGACAUAAAGUACCCGGCCUUAGUGUUCAUAAGAUACAAAGAAAUUAUAUCUACCAUUUUCAUGGUAUACUGAAUUCGCCCUAUCGAGAUUCACUUUGACACUGACGUUAGUAAUUUCUUCUUCUUAUUUUAGUUUCAUGGCCUCCACCUCUUAGGUACUUGACCAGCCCUCGUAUUUGACUUUAAUUGGAAGGGAAUCCUCUUUUCAAAGGGUCUGGAUUUUUCCAUAUUCCCCUCGUUAAAUUCAUUGUGAUAUACUUUUCAAAAAACUAUUUUAUAUUUUAAUUUGAAAUAUUGUUAAAAAUUGAUUGAUCUUUCUUAAGGUUUGGUCAUUAAUAUUAUGUAGGAGAUUUUGUAUUGCAAUGGGGGUAGGACUUCCUAUAUUAACAAGUUCCUGAUACAGGUCAAAUUGAUUUGUUUUGUUAAUUGGGCAUUCAAUUAACAUAUGAGUUAUACUUCCAAUUUGUCCACAUUCACAAAAAGGAGUAUCACUACAAUUGAUUUUAAACAAAUGGUCUGGUGUAUGACAAUGGCCCGUUCGCAUUCUAAUAAUUGAUGUCAAGUGCCUUCGAUCCACAAAUGUGAAUUUGUGGAACCAAGGGUUUAUAGAAAAAUCACUUUGGCAUGGUUGAUACCAUUUCCCUUUAGUUUUAAACUGUUUUGUCCAUUCAACUUUAAACUCAUUUACAAUUUUUUGUUUAAUAAAAGGCCAAAAGUCAAAUUUACCUAUUUUAAUGUCUGCAGGAACAUUUAAAGUCUUGCCUAUAUUUGCCAAUUUAUCAGCCUCUGUAUUCCCCUUUACUCCAGUAUGGCCUGGGAUCCAAGCUAUUAUAUUAAUUCCUGCUUACGUUUACUCGAUAAUGAGUCUUUUAGUUAGGUUUACAAUAUGGUUGUUUGUCCCCCAGGUGGUGUUAUGUAAUUUUUGGAUAGCACUUUUAGCAUCCGAAAAAAUUAUUGCUUCUUUAAUAUUUUUUUCAAUACAAACAUAUACUGCCUUAUUAAUUGCAAUAAUUUCUGCAGUGCAUAUUUGAGUGUGCUCAUGUAAUCUGGAUGCAUAGUUAUAAUUUAUUGAAGGUAUGUGUACCCCAAAACCUACUGUCCUCGACCCGGGAUCUAAAGAACCAUCUGUAAAUACCCAUGUAUAAUGAGAUAUUUGUCAAAAUUAUUUUUGAUUUCAAUUACAUAUGGUGGCUCUUGUGAUUUCCAAAAUCCUAUUUUAUAAUUUAAUUUGGUUCCCAACUCUGACAGGAUGUCGUUCAGUGGAUUUUUCAGAUCAGCUAGGAUUUUCAGAUAGAAGUUAGCGCAAAGUAUUUUUCUUCUUGCAUCUAAUGAAAUUUCUCCACUUUCUGCUAACAAAGUAAUUUCUUUUUUGCGAAGUUCAGUUGUCAGAAGUGACUGGAAAUUACUACACAACCAACGUACCUGCCAUUAUUAUUAAUAGUAAACAGACAUAAAAAUAACAUAGACCUUACGCCAAUCAAUAAUUAUUUAUUUAUUUACACCAUUAUAAUGUAUUGAUAACAAAUGAGAAAAUUAUUUAUUGGACAAAAUAAAAAUAUUUUGUAGAGAUAAACUUCACAACAUUUUAUGAGAUUGGUAGACACUCCCACUAUUUCCAAUAAUUCUUCUUUUUUUAAUGAAAGAUUAAGUUGAUUUUAGUUAAUAGUGUGAGGUAGGAAUUUUUGUGUUGUAUGUUUCCUAUUCCGAAAGUGAAUCUCGGUAGUGCGAAUUCAGUAUAUUAAAUUUUCAGAUUACAAAUUAAUGCUUACAACUGAUAUUCACGUUUAUUUAAUUUUAUUUAAUUUCACGUUAUGUAUAUAUAAUCCUAUCAUAUAUCAUUUACUUAGUGUGACAAAAAAACAAAAGUAAAAUAAUCUAAAAUGCGGGAACGUGUCCCCAUUUAAUCAAACAUCGAUGUGCCACUGUUUUUUUUAAUGUCGCAGUUCCUGCUAAUGCCUCUAUUUCGUUUUCGUCCGGCCGCUCGGUAUAUAUCAAUACUUGUCAAAUUACCUUAAUUUCUAUUGACUUUACUGAAUAAAAAAAAUAGCUGAAUUUAAUUGAAAAAUAAAAAAUGUUAGAUGGCUGUUGUCGAUUUUUUAAGCUAGCUGUCUCUCUGUUCCCUGUUCUUAGUCAAUUCGAAAUAGGACAACAAAGUUGACAAAAUAAGUAUUAUAACAUUACUGUAAUCUUCCCAAUGACAUUUUUUAAAAUGUAUUACCUUUCAGUAUAGUUUUAAGAGUUUUGUUUAAACGUUCUCAUUUGUUUUAGAUCUGUUAUACAGUAUAAAAUACGACAAUUUUGUAGAUCUGAUUAUAGGUAAUCUGCAUACAAGUGCCAUUCCAUUAACAAAGUCAAUGUAUGGCAAAAUUAUAGAAUUAUCUAACUCGUUCAUAUGGCAGUUAUGUAGUUUUAGGUUUUAGCCAUAAAAAUGUAUUAAUAUUUAUGCUUCCAUGUCAAAAUAAUAAGACUUUGAAACAUUCUAUUCUAUUUGUAUCCGUCCUUUAUAUACUCUUAAUAAAGUAUUUAUGUAUGUUUUUAAA